AUGAUUCCAGUCAACCAAGCCAAUGUAAAGUUGAUGUUUAAAACCCAAACUCAGCUAGGCGAAGAAGUCCGCGUUGUAGGAAACAUUGAAAGUUUUGGAAUGUGAAAACCUUCAGAAGGGAUCGUCAUGAAAGCAGACCCGUUCACAUCUCCUUGCUGGAGUACAGUAUCGCCACUCACCAUCCCAUUUGGAAUUGAGGUCGAGUACAAAUAUAGCUUACACACCCAUUUUGGAUCGGCCUUGAGCACCCCUCCCUAUACCACCCACCUCCUAACGGUCCUAAAUAUUUUAGCAUGUUAAAUAUUAAUUUGAAAAUUUAAAAUAUUUGGGGGGACUUGUCAAAUAGUAUUUUAGCAUUUAAAAUUUUCAGGACCGUCAGGGGAUGUGUGACAUGGGGAGGGGGUACUUAAUGGGCGAGCAGCCACAAGGGGUGUGCUAUAUGUUUAUAUCUAUAAAGACCAAGUCAGAUGGGAAGAAAUCCAAGGAAAUCGAAAAUUUCAUGCAGUUCACACAAACCUCACAAUUGAAGAUGAAGAAAAUUCGACCAUUUCUAAGCUCUUUCUAUAUGAUAAUGAAGCGCCAAAAAAUCUGCCACGCUCACUAGAGCCAGAAGCCUUUGCGUACGACGAAAAAUUAAAAUAUGAGAAAUCUGACACAAUUCUAAUUAUUUCGAAUUCUCUGCCUAUCAAAAUUGCGAGGAAUGACAACUAUGCCCCAGAUCAGCCUUUAAGCGAAAAAUGGAUAAUUAAUGCUCAUAAAGGAGUUUGACAGACUCAAUUGUACAGGAUUGCUAUUGCUGAAAACAUCAAAUUCCACUGGAUUGGGUCUCCAGGGAUUUGAUUGGAAUCAGAUGAAGAGCAAGAAGAACUUACUCAGUUCUUAAUAAAAGAAUACAAGUGCAUUCCGAUGUUUAUCCCGCCAAUAGACGCUGAAUUACAUUAUGAGUUUUGUAGUAAAAUUUUGCAUAGAGUUUUCCAUGGGGUUAUUGAGACAAACUCCGAAAUGAUCCCUCAAUACUCUAGAGAGAUGUGAGAAGGCUACAAAAGAGUCAAUAUUUUAUUUGCAGAUUUAGCAUUAAAGUACUAUUCACAUACACUAGUUUGGGUACAUGGGCAUCAACUAAUGCUAGUGCCAAGUUUUUUGUCUCGAAAAACUAAUGAAGUGCUGAAUAUCGGAUUUUUUUUGCAUAUUCCUUUUCCUAGCUCAGAGGUCUAUCGAGUUUUACCUCACAGAGAAGCAAUUUUGCAUGCCCUUUGUUGCUGUGAUUUGAUAGGGUUUCACUUGUUUGAUUAUGCAAGACAUUUCAUAGGGACUUGCAAGCGUAUGAUUGGGGUCGAUAUUGAAUUUAGCAAAGGUGGAUUUUUAGGGCUGAAUUACUAUGGAAGACAUAUUAUGAUCAAAGUGGGGCACCUUGGUGUGGAGCCAAAUCUGAUAACUCUAUUACAAAAUUCAGAAACUUAUCAAAAUGUUUUCCAAGAGCUUACUUCCAAAUAUCUAGGCAAAAAAUUGAUUUUAAAUAUAGACCCUUGCCAUCAGCUUUCAGGAAUUUAUUUAAAGCUUAAAGCAUUCCAAAGCACGAUGAGGUGUUUACCUCAGAAAAAAGACAGGAUCAUUUUCCUUCAAAUUUUGACACCUGAAGGAACCGGCCCAAUGUCUGCAUAUGUAAAAAACGAUGUUUAUAACUUGCAGAACCAAAUUAACUUAGAAAUGGGGUGCGAAAUUGUACAGGUUGUAGAGAAAGACUUGACAUCAGAAGAAAGGUAUGCUUAUAUGUGGAUUUCUUCAGGAAUUGUGAUUAGUUCGAUAAGAGAUGGGCUGUGCUUGCUGCCUUUUGAGUAUAUAGUAGUAAAUAGAGACAAAUGGGCAGGAAUUAUAUUGUCAGAGUUUGCAGGAGUGAGCCGAGCUCUGUGUAGUCCAAGAAGAGUCAACCCAUUUGAUAACGCUGACUUAGAAAAUGCGCUAUUUGAGCUUAUGACCCAACUUCCUAAGCCAGAGCUUCUGCACAAGCGAAAAAGGGAUCUGGCCUAUAUAAACUCAAAAACAACCCUUCGCUGAGCAAGGCAUUUUUUAACUGACUUAAAAAGAGCUCACAAGGACUAUAAGCAAUAUCAAUAUGUCAGUCAUGGUCUCGGUGACAAGCUAAAAGUAAUCGCUUUGCGUAAAAACUUUAGCAAACUUCAUACUUAUAAUGUCUUAGAAGCUUACAAAAAUUCUCGGAAUCGGGCUCUUUUUUUUGAUAUAGAAGGAACUUUCACGAAUUUAUUAAAGCAAACAGAUAUCGACAAAUGCAAAGGGCCAUCUGAUAAAAUACUGCACAUUAUUGAUGACUUGUGCCAAGACGAAAGAAACACUGUUUUCAUUCUAACGGGUAGAGAAAGAAGAAUUGUUGAAAAUUGGUUUAGAACAGUCCAAUUUUUAGGGAUUGCGGCUGAAUAUGGAGCUUUUACAAGGUGAAAUGCAAAAGAGCCGUGGGAUUAUCCAGCAUCUACUGCAGGAUUUUGAAGAGAAACUGCAAUGGAUAUCAUAAGUGCCUAUGUCACUAGGACAGAAGGGUCUUUUAUGGUACUUAAAGAAUGUUCUGUAGUUUUUCAAUAUAGAGAUGCUGAGCGUGAAUUUGGUGGAUGGCAGGCUAAAGAGCUUGUAGCCCAUUUAGAGCUACUCUUAAAGCCUUUCCUUAAUGAAUGUGAAGUAUCAGAAGGAGCUGGGUAUGUAGAGGUUAAACCGAGAGGUAUCAAUAAAGGAACAACGGUUUAUAGAAUCCUUGAAAAGCUUUAUGAAAAAAAUGGAGAAAUUGAUUUUGUGCUGGCAGUUGGAGAUGAUAUUUCAGAUGAAGAAAUGUUUAGAGUUAUAAACUCAUUGAAAAAGCAAAAGAGCAGCCUUUUUACAAGCUUGAAAAAUGAAAAUAUUUUUAGUUGCACUUUAGGAAUUAAGCCAAGCUUGGCGAAUUAUUAUGUGCUAGACGCAAAUGAAGUGAUACAUCUUACAGAAUAAUUAAAAUAUGGCCUAACUUGAAUUUUCUGGUCUCCCGGCCGAAGUUCAUCUCUCAUAUUUUAAUUAUGAGUUUGGCUUCCACUGGUUGAUUAUCCCAGCUAUGUCAAGGAACCAAGAGACGGGUCGUUUUUUCCAACCAACUCCAGACCAUAGGAAUGGAAAUUUCCAGAAGGGUACAAAUUACCCCAGGCAGCAGAGACUAGGGUCUUUAGGGUGCUGUUCGGGCCCAAGUAAGUGUCUAUCUCAAAGAAGAGUCAUCGAAGCCCAAAAUUCAAGACUGACGUCCUCUUUUGGUACUCAAAGUUGGAGGUGGCCAGAAGAAAAUGGCACGAAAUUCGCCCCAGAGUGAUAUUUUAGGUAGCUGCGGUCGAGCAGCCUGAUAGUAGACGCUAAACGUGAAUAGGUUAAUUAAGAUUAAGAUACAUCUUACAGAAGUCUUGAGAAGCUGGAGCAGCAAAUGUAAAAAGAAUUUUUCGUCAGGAGAUUUGCUAACUUCGCCCCUUCGUGAGUUAACAAAGCCAUUGGAAAAAAUCUCUAUUUUUUGGGUAAAAAACCCACCCUCCUUGAGCGAACAAAAAUUUUUUUCGAAAAAACGUUUUGAUAUAUAUUAAUGAUAAUUUAUUAUAAUAAAACCUCUGCUUAAUUUUAUCAGUUUGCAUUUUAAAACAUAAAUUUUACAAAUUAAUUAAUAUUUACUUUAAAAUUAUUUCGAAUUAGGAGUUUUUAACAUUGAAAAAAAAAUUACUAUAAAAAUUACUAUAAAAUUUACAUAUAAAGAAAAAUCCCUUUCAUACCCCACAAUGGGGAAUAGCCCCUGAGUUUCAAGUUUGGUUAGACCAAAACUAAUAAUAAUUUUUGUCGGAUCAAAUUGUAAUUUUAACUGGUAAUUCACCAGUUUAUUGGCCUAUUCAUAGGAAAUAAGUAUAAAAGAUAUUAACCCUCUCCAUAAGCGAGCAGAAUGAUUUUGUUCUCUCACGGAGGGGAGUAGUAGUAGAAAUACUCUUAGACAUUAUACUCCAAUUGAUAUGAGUGUUUCUCCUAGGCAUUUCUUUUUUGAGUCUGCAGAACUGGAUGAUUUUAGCAGUGAUUCUGAUCUUGAUUUAGAUACAUCGUCCUCAACAGCUCCAAGUUCAAAGAGUUUUAAUUGUUUUACCAAAGACAGCGGCGAGUUUAAACUGAGAUUUUAG